AUGCAUAAGCCACGGGGCGCUGAGGAGACCCCAUCUUCGGAACCAAUGGAGGAAGAAGAGGAAGACGGUGACUUGGAGCUGUUUGGUGGCUAUGACAGUUUCCGGAGUUACAACAGCAGUGUGGGCAGUGAGAGCAGCUCCUACCUGGAGGAGUCGAGUGAGCCAGAGAAUGAAGAUCGAGAAGCCGGGGAGCUGCCCACCUCCCCUCUGCACCUGCUGAGCCCUGGGACUCCUCGCUCCGUGGAUGGCAGUGGUUCUGAGCCAGCUGUCUGUGAGAUGUGUGGUAUCGUGGGCACAAGGGAAGCCUUCUUCUCCAAGACCAAGAGGUUCUGCAGCGUCUCCUGCUCCAGGAGCUAUUCCUCCAACUCCAAGAAAGCCAGCAUCUUGGCUAGAUUACAGGGGAAACCACCGACCAAGAAAGCCAAAGUGCUGCACAAGGUGGCCUGGUCUGCUAAAAUAGGAGCCUUCCUGCACUCCCAGGGCACUGGACAGCUGGCCGAUGGGACGCCCACAGGGCAAGACGCUCUGGUCUUGGGCUUCGACUGGGGCAAGUUCCUGAAGGAUCACAGUUACAAAGCUGCUCCUGUCAGCUGCUUCAAACACGUCCCGCUCUACGACCAGUGGGAGGACGUGAUGAAGGGGAUGAAGGCGGAGGUGCUCAACAGUGACGCCGUGCUCCCCAGCCGGGUGUACUGGAUCGCCUCCGUCACCCAGGCAACAGGGUAUCGGGUGCUUCUUCGUUAUGAAGGCUUUGAAAAUGACUUCUGGUGCAACCUGGGAACAGUGGACGUCCACCCCAUUGGCUGGUGUGCUAUCAACAGCAAGAUCCUGGUGCCCCCCCGGACCAUUCACGCCAAGUUCACUGACUGGAAGGGCUACCUCAUGAAGCAGCUGGUGGGCUCCCGGACGCUUCCCGUGGAUUUCCACAUCAAGAUGGUGGAGAGCAUGAAGUACCCCUUUCGUCAGGGCAUGCGGCUGGAGGUGGUGGACAAGUCCCAGGUGUCACGGACCCGCAUGGCUGUGGUGGACACAGUCAUUGGGGGUCGCCUACGACUCCUCUAUGAGGAUGGUGACAGUGACGAUGACUUCUGGUGCCACAUGUGGAGCCCCUUGAUCCACCCAGUGGGUUGGUCACGGCGCGUUGGCCACGGCAUCAAGAUGUCAGAGCGGCGCAGUGACAUGGCCCAUCAUCCCACCUUCCGGAAAAUCUACUGUGACGCCGUCCCUUACCUGUUCAAGAAGGUCCGAGCUGUCUACACAGAAGGAGGUUGGUUUGAGGAGGGGAUGAAGCUGGAGGCCAUUGACCCGCUGAAUCUGGGCAACAUCUGUGUGGCCACCAUCUGCAAGGUGCUCCUGGACGGCUACCUGAUGAUCUGUGUGGAUGGCGGGCCCUCCACAGAUGGCUCGGACUGGUUCUGUUACCACGCCUCCUCCCAUGCCAUCUUCCCAGCCACCUUUUGCCAAAAAAAUGACAUCGAGCUCACACCCCCAAAAGGAUAUGAGACACAGACUUUCAGCUGGGACACCUACUUGGAGAAAACCAAGUCCAAAGCAGCUCCGUCGAGACUCUUUAACAUGGACUGCCCCAACCAUGGCUUCAAGGUGGGCAUGAAGCUGAAGGCCGUGGACCUGAUGGAGCCCCGGCUUAUCUGUGUGGCCACGGUGACGCGGGUGGUACAUCGGCUGCUCAGCAUCAACUUUGACGGCUGGGACAACGAGUACGACCAGUGGGUGGACUGUGAAUCCCCGGACAUCUACCCCGUGGGCUGGUGUGAGCUCACUGGCUACCAGCUCCAGCCUCCUGUGGCCGCAGAACCAGCCACACCUCUGAAGGCCAAAGAGGCCACGAAGAAGAAAAAGAAGCAGUUUGGGAAGAAAAGGAAAAGGAUCCCGCCGACCAAGACCCGGCCCCUCAGGCAGGGGUCCAAGAAGCCGCUGCUGGACGAUGACCUGCAGACGGUGGGGGAGAUCUCGUCGGAGCCCGUUCCCGACGAGAUCAUUGCUGUGUGUGUGAAGGACGAGCACCUACACACGGCCUCACCUGGCAAGGCUUCGGGUCCAGAUCUGCCUGUCCCCACAGAGAUCAAGCAGGAGACCCCGGGCUGAGCCGGCCUGGGCUGGGCAGAGGGAGCGGCUCCUCUGCUCCCCCAGCCUGCCACACCUCCUGAGUGGAAACUGAGCCUUUUUGUAUAGAUGCUGCCUGCUGUGAGGCCCGGGUCUCUGACACCUCACGCCUCCGUCCUGGUAGGAAAGAGCUACAUGACUGGGGCAGGGUGUGAGCAGCCCUGCCCCAGGCAGAGCGGGGAAGCUGGAAUAGUAGCUCCACAGGAAGGCAGAACUGAACUGUGUGUAAAUAAAGGUCACCUG